AUGAGCAUGGAGAAUAUUUGGCGAUAUUCUCAGCCAAUAGAUCCGGAGACCGUCCGGCAGACGCCAUCCUUCACAACAUUGCCUGUCCGCGUCAAUACGCGACAAGAUGUUGCGAACGCGGCAACCACCCGAGCUCUCCGUGAGUGGGAUGCAGCUCUUCAGGAUGGCAUGGCCGCCAGAGCAUUAGUCUCCUUUAGCGACCUGGGAAACCUGGGCGCUUUUGCUUACCCCGAAGCGGAACCGGAAAAAUUGCAUAUUUUGACUUACUUGACUGACAUGGGAAUGCUUCAUGAUGAUGGCUAUGAAGCUAUGGACAUGGAUACAGCAAGGACGGAACAUCGUGAGCUCGGACUUCUAUUCGAUCCAAACAAGCCACAUCAGCCAAGCUUUAACACUCGAGCUCCGCGUAUUAAGAAGCUUGUCUCGCAAAUCCUACUAGAGGCCACUGCUAUUGACCGUGCGUUGGCAAUGUACAUGUUUGACAUGUAUAAUAAAGGGUGGCUGGCUGUUGCUGGAGAAGCCAAGGAGUGGCAUUUCAAUUCAGUAGAAGAGUAUCAAGCAUACAGGAGAAACGAUUUUGGAGCUACGGCUUUGUGGGCAAUGACCGAGUUCGCUGUCGGAAUACGGCUGUCAGACGCCGACAGGAAACUAAUCAAAACCGUUAUGGAGCCCAUAGAAAAGGCCGUUAUUUGGACUAACGACUACUGGAGCUUCGACCGAGAGUAUUAUGAGGCUUCAGUCAAUGGAAGUCGGCUUGUUAAUCUGGUGGAGGUCAUUCGUCGUUGUGAAAAUCUGUCCAUUGAUGAUGCAAAAGCACGGGCUCGUGAGUUACUCAUCGACACAGAGCAAACAUACAUCCGCAACAAGGAGGAGCUUUAUGCCAACAACCCAUCAAUGUCCCUUGAGCUGAAGAGAUGGGUGGAAGUGGUAGGCGCUAUUGUUGGCGGUACGCAUUAUUGGGCAAGCAGCGCCCCCCGGCAUCGAACGUGGGCUCACGAAGAGAGAAAUAUGACCAAGUCUGCUGAUGAGCUUAUGCUUGAGAUUCCAGAAGAGCAUGCUUCGAGCGAGGAGUCCACCACACCUGAUUGCUUCAGCGUUAGUAGCAGCAGCUCUCAACAGACAAGGGAAACCGAUCCAUCGGAUUACGAAAGUUCGAGCAACCAGCCACUAGACGUUCCGAAAGCCGACAAUGGUCCAGGGUCAAAGCAAUUUAGUCAACCACAGCGCGGUGGAAUUGAGCAGAAUUGCGAAAAACAAAUGGAAUCACCCCAGCUCUUCAGGGGCCUAUUGAUUACAUUUGUGGGAUGCCUUCCAAAGGGGUUCGAUUGCUCCCCCAAACGACGAGGUCAACCAGCAACACAUGUCCUGUUCGGCCACUCGCAAGCAAUCAAUAGCGCUAACUACAUGUUUAUUCAAGCAGUGCGAGCGACACGCAGCUUUCACAAUCCAGAAGCCAUGGAUAUACUCCUUGAAGAGUUGGAAAAUCUCUAUCUUGGCCAAAGCUGGGACCUGCAGUGGAAAUAUAAUCUCACUUGUCCAUCUAUCGACGACUACACGAAUAUGAUAGACAACAAAACGGGUGGAAUGUUUAGACUUUUGCUAAGGCUACUUCAGAAUGAAGCUGGCCCUGGAGGAGGUUAUGGAUGCGACCAGGCACCGGGACUCUCCCUCCUCUUGGACCGGCUAACAACCCAAUUCGGCCGUUUCUUCCAAAUCCGCGACGACUACAUGAAUCUCCGUAACAGUUCAUACGCGCAGCAAAAAGGGUGCUGUGAGGACCUAGACGAGGGAAAAUUCUCUUAUCCAAUUGUUUACUGCGCGGCGAAAUAUCCGGACUUCAAGUCGCCCAUGACUGAGAACAUCAGUAUCAAGUACGCUCAACCUGGCCUUUUCUCAACCAUUCCGGACUUCUGGCAAAUGUAUGGUAAACGCGUAUGA